AAAAAAAAGAAAAAAAAAACUGCUCCUGAGUGAUAAAGAUAUGAGAGUGAAGGUCAGGAUUAUCAGUUCAUGCCGGCUUUUUGCUAUUCCAAAGGGAUUUCUAAGCACGUUGACCACGACCAUGGCCAUUCUUUCAUGGAGAUCUUUGAGGAUUCUGGGGAUUGCUCUGGUAAUGUCUACAGUCACGUCCUGUGUUAGCAGUGGAAAGGUUUUAAUUUUUCCUAUGGAUGGAAGCCACUGGGUGAAUAUGAACAUACUAGUUGAGGACAUGCACUCCAGGGGACACGACAUCACUGUAAUACGAUGGAACACCAGCUGGUACAUUACGGAAAAGUCUCCCCAUUACACAUCAAUCACCCUCAGUGACAGGACUGGCACAGACAAAGACUUCUUUGACAAGUUCCUGAGUGAGUUCUUGGAAGUGCAACGAGGGAAUAGAUCACUAAUGACUUUUUUCAAAAUGCAGAGUGACUUUUUCACCAUGCUCUCUCAAGCACACCUAAGCAUGUGCACAAUGGUUAGUGAUAUUCUAGAAAAUAAAGAGUUAGUGAAAAGGCUGCAGGACGCUCGAUAUGACCUGGUCCUCACUGACCCCGCUAUAGCAGGUGGAGUUCUAUUGGCACAUUACCUUCAGCUGCCAUUGGUUAUGAAUGUUCGCUGGAUCACCAGCGGAGAUGGCCAUUUCGCCAUUGCUCCCUCACCCUUAUCCUACAUCCCAGUUCCAGGAUCUGGGUUAACUGAUAAAAUGAGCUUUUUUGAAAGAGUAAAAAAUGUACUGUUAUACAGCGUCAUCCUAUACCAGCAGUCUUUUGUGGUUGGGCCACAUUACAAAUUAAUAUGUGACAAAUAUUUUCAUACACCAUGUGAUAUACAAACUCUUAUUCAGGGAACUGAUAUAUGGCUCAUGAGAAAUGAUUUUGUCUUUGACUUCCCACGCCCCACGAUGCCCAAUGUUGUGUACAUGGGAGGGUUCCAGUGUAAGCCAGCCAAGCCUCUUCCCCAAGACCUGGAGGAGUUUGUGCAGAGCUCUGGAGAACAUGGAGUCAUAGUUAUGUCGCUGGGGACUCUGGUUAAUAGUCUCCCCAGUGAACUCGCUGAGGACAUUGCCUCCGUGUUCGCCCAGUUGCCACAGAAGGUAAUCUGGAGGUAUGUUGGUCCACAACCUUCAUCCCUAGGCAACAACACCCUGUUGGUCAAAUGGAUGCCACAGAAUGAUCUCCUGGGCCAUCCAAAGACCAAAGCCUUUGUGGCGCAUGGAGGAACCAAUGGAGUUCAAGAGGCCAUUUACCAUGGCAUGCCAGUAGUGGGAAUCCCAUUAUUCUUUGACCAAUACGACAACCUCCUUAGACUGAAAAGUAGAGGAGGAGCUGAGAUCCUCGAAAUACGAACUUUUAACAAAAACACCUUCCUCCAGGCCUUACAGGGAGUGCUCAAUGAACCAUCCUACAGGAUGAACAUGCAGAGACUCUCCAGGCUGCACCUGGACCAGCCAAUGAAACCACUGGACCGUGCAGUGUUCUGGAUUGAGUUUGUCAUGAGACACAAAGGUGCUGCUCACCUGCGCACAGAGUCCUAUAAGAUGCCCUGGUAUGCCUACCACUCCGUGGACGUGAUAAUGGUGCUCCUGGCUGCUGUGUUGGUCAUACUUCUGAGCACUGUUGCUUUUGUCAGAUUUCUGUGCUGUCAAGUUUGCUGUAAAAGAAAAAUGAAACAAGCAUAACUGCAUGAGGCAUGACCAGAAUUUAUAUACUAAUGAUGUAAACAACAAAUUGAAUAGGCUGAAAUAAAUUAAUUUAAACCAUC